GCCUAGAGAGAGGUAUCUAGCCAAGUUUUGGUGAGCAGACAAAAUGACCACUCGUUACCACCAAGCUGCUAGUGAUGGCUACCUCGAACUUCUCAAAGAGGCCACCAAGCGAGACCUGAACCUGUGUGAUGGAGACGGCAUGACGCCCACGCUGCUGGCUGCCUACCACGGGAACCUGGAAGCUCUGGAAGUUAUCUGCAGCAGAGGGGGUGAUGCUGACAGAUGCGACAUCUGGGGAAACACUCCUUUGCAUUAUGCAGCGUCCAACGGCCAUGCCCACUGUGUCUCGUUCCUGAUCAACUUCGGAGCCAAUAUCUUUGCCCUAGACAAUGACCUGCAGUCUCCACUGGAUGCCGCAGCCAGCAGGGAGCAGAAUGAAUGCGUUGCUCUCCUGGAUAAAGCUGCCACUGCCCAGAAUAUCAUGAACCCCAAGAAAGUCACCAGGUUGAAGGAGCAGGCCCAGAAGAAUGUCCAGAGGCAGAUCAAAGAGUGUGCAAGACUCCAAGAGAAACACCAAAAUAAGAUGACUCGCACUUACAGCAAGGAGGAUUCUGGGGUGUCCUCUUCCAAGGGCACCUUCUCCAGGUCAACCACGUCCCACGCUUCUGUACCUGGCACAUUUGGAUCCCUGUCUAAGGGCAUUAAAGACACUUUCAAGUUAAAAUUCAAGAAGAGCAAAGAUACAGAAGAGCAGGUAGGAAAGGGAGACAGAAGUGGGCAGAGGAAUGUGAUGGAAGUGUUCAGAGAGGAAGAAGAAGAUUCUGUCUCUGGUGACUUCAAAGAGAAACUCCACUUCUCACUGGAAGAGGACAAUGAAGCUCAGCACGAGUCCAUUCUUAACCGUCCAGGUCUAGGCAAUAUUGUGUUUAAAAGAAGCAGUGUCUUGAGCCCUGAAGAUAUCGACGACAGCAAGAGAGAGCUGGGAUUUAAAAUGUCCAGUGAUUUGUUCCAAAGACACGGAGCCGCAGAGGCUGAUGAAGCUGAGGAUGAUGAUGAAGAGGGAGAGAAAAAUGGCCUGGGAGGUGACCUGCCCUGGGAUGAGGAAGAAGUUGAGUGGGAAGAAGAUGUGGUGAAUGCCACUCCCUUGGAAGUGUUCUUGCAGUGUCAGCACCUGGAAGAAUUCCUUCCCAUUUUCAUGAGAGAACAGAUUGAUCUAGAAGCUCUGUUGCUCUGCUCUGACGAGGACCUUCAGAAUAUACGAAUGCAGUUAGGGCCCAGGAAGAAAGUUCUUAAUGCUAUCAAUAGAAGGAAGCAAAUACUGCAAGAGCCUGGGCCUCUGAUUGAUACCAGCCUCUGAUGGAGACUUUUAGGGUCAAUGGUGUGAGCCUGCAGCAUGGACUCAAUACUGUGAAUCACCGGAAACACUCCAGGCAAUGCCCCCUUUCUUCCCAAUCAGAGAAAAUGGCCCAGGCCAGGCACUGGUAGCACCUGCCUGUAAUCCCAGCUACUCAAGAGGCUGAGAUGUGAGGAUCAAGGAUCAAACCACUAAAAAGUGGGAACUGAAGCUGUGGUUCAAGGGGUGGAGCACCAGGCUACAGUGAAAAACGUUAAUGAGUCCAAGCCCGGAGUCCAAGCCCCAAUUCUGUUACCAAAAGAGAAACAAAGAGAGACAGACAGACAGACUCAGAGAAACAGAGAUAGAGAGAUAGAAUUGAAUUUAGCCCCUUCACUCUUAAAGUUAUUUUUGGAGAUGAGAACUUUAUAAAAGUGAUUAAGAUCAAAUUAAAUAUUAAGGAUGGAGUCUUAAUUUCAUAUAACUAGUGUCCUUAUAAAAUAAGGGCAAAGUUGUGCUCCCACACAAAGAAAAUGUCACAAGAAACCCAGCAAGAAGUCAGCUAUCUUCCAGCCAAGAAAAAAAAGGCUGUAGGAAAAACCAACCUUGCCAGCAGCAUCUCAGUUCUGGAUAUUCAGUUCCAGAGUUAUAAAUAAAUAAAUAAAUUUCUGUUGCUUUCAGCCA